AGAACAGUAUUGCUGGUAUAUUAAUCUGGAUUGAGAGAGGAAUCCAGGACAAAGAUCCGAAAUUUUUAACUGUCAGAAAGCCAACAAUAUCGCUAUGGCGUUCAUAAAGACACCCACUUGCAAACGUCCACAAAAUCGAAAUGUCGGAACUAUUAUACGCACGAAAAUUUCUUCCAAAACUACAAUAGGACGUCACGGCUAUGGAGAUCAUCCGAACUAUAUUCUGUUCUACUUCAUCAAUCGAUUUCAUUCAAUUACUUUUAAGAUCUAACAUUUUACUUCUCAACUUUUAAUCUUAUUACAUACGAAAGUAAAAAAUACACAUAAAAUUAGAAAUUUAAUAUCUAACUGACGACGUUUGCUAAUACGAGCCCAUAUUAUUUCAGCAAUUUGGUGAUGACGGUUAUGUAUUUAUUGUAACCACCUGACGAUCUUCACAUUGAACGAAACAUGUGGUUUAAAAAAAAAAUGGUAUUUACAAUUUAAUAGUUAGUUUCAUUUAUUUAUUUAUAAAUACUUGUGUUGAGGGCCGCAUUAAAACCUUCUUGAUGAUACACAAUAGGAUGGAAACAAGAAAGAUACUUAUUGUCCGUUGCGUGGUAACGGCUGUGUAUACACGUAAUAAUAUUUAGUCCGUUGCUAAGCAAUGGCCGCUACAACGCUUCGCAGUAUUGUUAGGAGCGGUGUUUUCUGUGUGGUCGUGCCGAAGUUAUAUGAGGAGGGCUCAGACGGAAGGAAUUGACAGUUGCAGUUGAACGAGUUGCAAGUCAGUCGUUAUUCAUCGAGAACAAGCGUCACUGUACAUGGAAGGAGUGAAGGGGAUUUAAAUUUCGAAAGCAGCUAGUAUCAACGGGAACGUGAAGACGUAACGGUGAUGAGAAGUAAAUGUUGCCCCUGUGGUUAAUCAGUGAAGGAUUAUGCCAUCACUUGAGAUAAUGGGAUUUGCAGGAGUCAUAGGUUAUUAUAGAAUGCUAUAUAUUUCGUGGUUCUUCGCUGCCUGUUCUCUGACAUGUUUUGGAUGGUAUGUACUACUCAUCAUGGAGAAAGGAAAGGACAAAAAAAAUAAGAAUGAGACUACAUCCAAGAUAUUUAAAAUGCAGGAAGUCUGUAUCAAGAAGGUAUCUGAGCAAUCAGCAAUGACGAACAGCAGAAGAAAUGCAUUUAAACAGAAGGAAUUUCAGAUUCAGAAAAAAGUCACAGCUACACCACACAUGCAGCUCAACAAUGUGAAUGUUAAUGACAAGAAGGUGCAAAAGGUUGGAGAAGUCACAGAGUCUUUCUCUCAGAGGCUGAACAAUAUGGAGCACCCCACUGAGAAGAUACCUACUCAACAAGCAGAAAUGACAACAUCAAAGACAUGGUUCAUCAAAAUUCUGGGGCUCCUAUUUGGACGAACUUUGGACAAGAAUGUGGAUAAGUUUAAAGAAGACAUCGAUACUUUGUCCGAUAGGCUGAAGAAGUUGGAGGACCAUAUCAAGAAGGUGGAGAAUAUUAAAGAAGUCACAGAUACUUUAUCCAACAGGAUGAAGAAUGUGGAUGAAAAAAUUGAGGAGGUGGAGAAGUUUAAAGAAGUCACAGAUAAUUUGUCCGAUAGGCAGAAGAAGCUGGAGGACCUUAUCGAGAAGGUGGAGAAGUUUAAACGAGUCACAGAUACUUUGUCCAGCAGGCUGAAGAAUGUGGAGAACAAAAUUGAGAAGGUGGAGAAGUUUAAAGAAGUGACAGAUAAUUUGUCCGAUAGGCAGCAGAAUGUGGAGGACCAUAUCAAGAAGGUGGAGAAGUAUAAAGAAGUCGCAUACACUUUGUCUAAAAAGCUGAAGAAUGUGGAGGACCACAUGGAGAAGGUGGAGAAGUUUAAAGAAGUCACAGAUAAUUUGUCCGAUAGGCAGAAGAAUGUGGAGGACCAUGUCAAGAAGGUGGAGACGUUGAAACGAGUCACAGAUACUUUGUCCAGCAGGCUGAAGAAUAUGGAGAACAAAAUUGAGAAGGUGGAGAAGUUUAAAGAAGUGACAGAUAAUUUGUCCGAUAGGCAGAAGAAUGUGGAGGACCAUGUCAAGAAGGUGGAGACGUUGAAACGAGUCACAGAUACUUUGUCCAGCAGGCUGAAGAAUAUGGAGAACAAAAUUGAGAAGGUGGAGAAGUUUAAAGAAGUGACAGAUAAUUUGUCUGAUAGGCAGCAGAAUGUGGAGAACCAUAUCAAGAAGGUGGAGAAGUAUAAAGAAGUCACAUACACUUUGUCUAAAAAGCUGAAGAAUGUGGAGGACCACAUGGAGAAGGUGGAGAAGUUUAAACAAGUCUCACAUACUUUGUCCAAUAGGCUGAAGAAUGUGGAGGACAAUAUUGAGAAGAUUCAGGAAGAUAUAAAAGUCUUGGUUUCUGUGUCUGUGCAGCAGAGUGAAAUGGCGCUCCGUGCCAAAGAGAGAGAAAAUGAGGCAGUCAGUGACAUUCUAUCAGAGGGUCUUGAAUUGCUGGAAGCUUCUUUCAAGUUGAGAGAAGAUAAUGGGAAAAUCAUUGACAUUAUGUCCGAAGGAGUUGAAUUACUGGAAGCUCCUUUCAAGCAGGUGGGGAAGUGUAAACAAGUCACACAUACUUUGCCCAAUAUGCUGAAGAAUCUGGAGGACUAUAUCGAGAAGGAAGAUGAUGCGUUCGAGAGACUUGAUAUGGUGGAGGAUUCUUUCAAGAAGGAGAAUGAAGUCAUGUCUUGUGCCUGUGACUCUGGAGAUUCUGAAGGACAAAAUCAAGACAGUAUCAAAGCAAUCUGGAAAAAUGAACCGUGCAAAUGUAGAAUUUAAAGAAGAUAGAAUUCCUUAUGCAUUCUUUCCUAUAGAAGGAAGUUUGAGAACGAGUUGAACGUGUUCAUGACAUCAUAAGGGUUUUGUUUCUAACUGUGGCCUUUGUGAUAAAAUAUCAGUCAAAACUUAUUUUUAAAAAUAAACUGCAAGGUUU